UGCUUGUCUCCGCGUUGUUGUUUACCUGCAGAAACACACAACCGGCUUUCGCACAGAUCUUGUUGGUUGCUGCUAAUAUAAAUCCUUUUAAACUCAGUUUGGCGUCGUUGCUGCCGGCAUUAAUCAUGUCGUCUGUGGAAGUUCGUGCUGCGCAGCUCCCAGCCGCGGUGAACCCCGCGAAGAUGGGCAGAAAAGCCACAGCAGGUCCGAGGAGAGCUGCUCUCGGGGAACUUACCAACUUUCCCGGAGCAGCAGUCCUCUCAAAGAAGACUGGACCAACCAAAUCAACUGCAUCAGUCAAACCAUCUUGUGCCCAAAAAGCCAAACCCGUGGUGCCUCCAGUAGUCCCGGUCCCAGCGCCUGCAGAUCCUCUCCCCCCAGUUUCAGAAGAGAUGGUGGCUGACGUGUCCAUGAAGGAGGAGGAGGAACUGUGCCAGGCUUUUUCUGAGGCGCUGCUCACAGUGCAGGAUGUGGACGAGCAGGACUCGGACCUGCCACAGCUCUGCUCAGACUACGUCAAAGAUAUCUAUAAUUAUCUACACAUCCUGGAGGUGCAGCAGGCCGUACGAGCCAACUACAUGCAGGGUUAUGAAAUCACCGAACGCAUGCGAGCGCUUCUGAUUGACUGGCUGGUCCAGGUUCACUCCAGGUUCCAGCUGCUGCAGGAGACUCUGUACCUCACAGUUGCUGUCCUGGAUCGUUUUCUCCAGGUCCAGCCGGUCUCUCGCAGAAAGCUGCAGCUUGUUGGCGUGACGGCCAUGCUGGUGGCCUGUAAAUACGAGGAGAUGUACGCUCCCGAGGUCGGAGACUUUGCGUACAUCACAGACAACGCCUUUACAAAGGCUCAGAUUCUGGAGAUGGAACAGCUGGUUCUGAGGACCCUAAACUUUGAGCUGGGACGUCCUCUCCCUUUACACUUCCUCAGACGGGCCUCCAAGGUGGCGAAUUCUGAUGUAGAGAGACACACGCUGGCCAAGUACCUGAUGGAGCUGACCCUGGUCGACUACAGCAUGGUGCACUAUCGGCCGUCGGAGAUCGCCGCUGCAGCGCUCAGUCUCUCCCAGCUGCUGCUUGAAGAGCUGCCCUGGUCUCCUACACAGCAGCACUACUCCACUUAUGACGCGGCCCACCUGAAGCCCAUCAUGCAGCACAUCGCCAAAAAUGUUGUGAUGGUAAAUAACGGGAAGACAAAGUUCCAGGCCGUGAGGAACAAGUACUCGAGCAGCAAGCUGAUGAAGAUCAGCCUCAUUCCUCAGCUGAAGUCGUCCACCAUCACGACCAUGGCAGAGCCGCUGCUCAACAAUCCUUGAGACAAACCUUUUUUUUUUUUUUUUUUUUUUGUCAGACAUUACACAUGCACUUUAUGAUGGAUCACAAUCUGUGGAGAAACUUUUAUUAAAAUGUUUUUAAAUUUUUCAUCCAAGCUUUGUUUGUUUAGAAUUGUUAGAUUUUCAAAUCUGGUGUUUUGCCAAAACUUUGUGCUAGAGCUGGGCGGUAUGGAGAAAAUGAAAUAUCUAAAUAUUUUUGACAAAUUCAUCGAUGGUGAUAUUUAAGGGUUCAUUAUUGGUGCUUUCACAAAUAUUUACACGAGUUUUGAUUAAAUCUCCAAUAAUGUGGCUACCAUGGCAAGUUGUAAAACUGUGACCAGAAAAUGACAUCCCUUCGCUGUAAUGCAGCCUUUAAAACCAGGAAAAGAUGACACGUGUCAUAAUGCGAUAUCCAAAGUGUAAGACUACAUCUAGCCUCAUAUCUAUGUUGAUACAAUAUCUCUAUAUUGCCCAGCCCUACUGUGGAUUGUCCAAUCCAAAGUUUGAAACCAACUUAGUUGUUUUUUUUUUUUUUUUUUUUUUUUUUUUUCCUUUUAAGUUCCUUAUUUUUGUUUGGUCAUAUCUCUUGUACUUGAUAAUGCAUUUUAAAGUUCAUGGGUUAUAAUUGCAUUCAUGGAUCUUGUUGGAUAUCCCAGCAUCUACUUUGUUCAUAGAGCUAAAUGAUAUUUAGCUUGUAAUUUUCCAAUCUUUGACAUCCUUGUUUGGUUUAUAGUAAGGGGCGGUGCCAACUACUCAGUCCAACAUCUCAAGUACAUCUUGGGCUGCAGCGAGAUGCUCCUCAAACAUCUAGCGUUGGUUGCACCAGCUCCUUGUAAUCCCAUCACAAGUUAGGUUUGUUUUCAACAGACAAGUUCUUACAAUUGUUUGCCACCCUGUGAAUCUUCACUAUUAUGUAACUACGUGUUUGUUCAAAAACACUUCACACUGAGACUCGAUUAAAAGAAUCUAAAGGAA